AAAGGAACAAGAGUUGGAAGAAGACGCCAUGUUUCAAAGAAUUCGAGAAUGGAUUUCGCUGAAAAAUUACCAAUAUCAAGUGACUACAGGUAUCUAUAUGCUUGAGCCUUGGGAGAGAACAAUAUUUAAUGCAACAUUGGUGACAAUCCUGGGGAUGUCUGUGUACUCGACAUAUGCUUAUUUACCGGCUUAUAUUCACAAUGUUCUUGUCUACUUUGGUUAUAUUAAUGACACAUAGUAUGACGACUUUGUCACAGAGACACUGAGAGUGACUGAUGAAAUUCAAGGGAAGGGGAUUUUUCUUGUAAAUUCAGAUCAAUUCAAGAUCAGCUUGGUACCAAGAUCAAGAAACUAUAGUAUAAUACAAUCUACUCCAUGGAAUAAAGAUGAGACCAAAGAAACCUACUGGAGAUAAUCACAAAAAAAAAUGUAGACAAGAUGUUAACCUAAAAGGAAUUUUUCUCACUUUGUUUACAAAAUGCAGCAGCUUACAAACAUUAUGAUAAUCAUGACAAAUAUAGAAACGUUGUAUAUUUCAAGUUGAAUACCUCAAAGGAGUGUGUUAACUUUGCAUAAAAUAAAAUGCUGUACACUA